UGUAGAAUCACAUUUUUACGAACAUUUACAACAAGAGUCCAAAACAGACGACCCCUACAGCUACCCGUAAUGGUUCGGCCCGGUCGUCAGGGCUGCACCGCGGUUGAAGAAGUUGGGCUGCAACACGCAGCGGGAGAAACGGGCGUCCUCCCAACUUCUGUCAGGAUUGUUGUUCGGCGGAGAAAAGUCCAUUUCUAGUCGGAACGAACACUACCGACCUGCUCCUGAAGACUUGAGACCCUUCGCCUCGUGUGAUGUGACGGCGCAAUAUGGGCGAGCUUCCCCGGAGCAGAUAAAACCGCGACGGACAGAGGAAGCAAGAGGAGACGCAGGCAUUCCAACAGAGAGAAAGCACCUCGGCCAUCAUGUCCAACUCGAUGAAGCAGGAGAGAACCAUUUGUGUUCUCCUCCCCAACAAAGACCAGCUGGACAUCACCUUCGGGCCUAAGACGUCGGGACAGGAUGUUUUAAAUCGAGUGGCGGAGCGUCUUGGAAUCAAACAGCUGCACUUUUUUGGCCUCACGGUGGUGAGGGACAAUGAGCACAUCUUUUUAGACUUGGAGGAGAAAAUCACUAAGUACUUUCCUAAGGAAUGGAUGCAGGAUUUUGGAAAGGGACUACUGAAGAGACCGCUGCCACUGGUGCUCUGCCUCAAAGUGCAGUACUACAUAGAAAACGGAAGACUCUUUUGUGAACGUAAGGCACGGCACCUCUACUACUCCGACUUGCGGGAGCGGGUGCUCCGCUCUGAAUGCCGGCAGCAGGAGGAGGUGUACUUCCAGCUGGCAGGUUACGCCCUGCAGGCCAGUCUCGGUGACCACCAUCUGCCCAGGGAGGGGAUGGAGGUCACGCCUUACUUCGAACCCAAGGAGUACUUCCCCCCUUGGAUUUUAUCUAAGCGUGGACCGGACUACCUCCUCUGCCAUGGGCCCAAGGUGCAUCAGGAGCUGUGGGGCAUGUCUACUCGGGAAGCCAUGCUGCUCUUCAUCAAGGAGGCCUGUCGACUGGAGGACGUGCCCGUCACGUUUUACAGACUGCAGAAGGACAAAAAGGCAGAGAAAGGAACGGCGUUACUCGGCCUGACCCUACGAGGAAUGCAAGUUUAUCAGGAGGUAAACAACAUGCGACAGAUGCUGUACAACUUCCCCUGGUCAAACGUGGGGCGUCUCACCUUCCUGGGCAAGAAAUUCGAGAUCCAGCCAGAUGGUUUGCCAUCAGCCAGGAAGCUGGUUUACUACACCGGGUCAUCGUUUCGCUCUCGCCACCUCCUCCUGCACCUGAGCAGCAGCCAUCGCCUCUACCUCAGCCUCCAGCCUGCCCUCAAACACAUACGCAAGCUGGAGGAGGGAGAAGAUAAAAAGCGUUACAGAGAGUCAUACAUUAGUGAUGACCUGGACAUGGACCCCCCCGGCAGCGAGAGCAGCCCGGGUCUGUCCCGACGCUCGACCAGCAGCUCCGGGAUUGAAGCCGAUGCCCGUCAACACAGCCUCUCCGCCGAGAUGGGCUCCAUGGAGGAGGAAGGUCAACGGCAAGCGGAGAAUUGUUUGGGCUCCGCGGCCAGCCGUGGCAGCGCCCGCACCUCUGGGUUCCACACGGGCCGCAGGGCUCGAAUAGAAGACGAGGGGUGGCAAGAGGAAGAGAUCAAAAGCGAUAUUGGAAGUCCAAAGGGGGUCCUCGUGGAUUCUCCUGAUGAGAUGUUCCAGUUGGCUGAUCUUCUGGAAGGAGUGUCAGUGGAUUGUUCAGAACUCUCCUCGGAGACUCUCGCGUCGGAAAACAAAGCAUGUCUCCCAGACAGUGACGGAGACCUCAAAAAAUUACGUAACAGGGAUACUUUAAAACAGAUGGUAAAAUAUAGGGCACAAGUUUGCGUGGACCGCCACAGUCAAAGCAUAGAUGACGUAAGUCUGUUUCCCCCUGCGGCAUCCCUGGGGACGACACUGCCGCCCGACUCCUCCCACAGCUACACCUGUGGCCUCCCGGGUGCCUCGACAAACACAAAGACCCCCGUUGAGCAAAGCGAUUACCCUCUUUUGCACUGUCAAGCCAAACCUUCCGGCUUUGGCCGCAGGGCCAGCAACUGCCUCUCUCUGGACAUGUUAAGUGACGAACGGUUCCUGGAAUUCAUACUUUGAAUACUCCCAACUCCGCCUUCUCUUCAUUCAUUCAUUCACAGUGCAGAUUAACGUCGAGGUUGCCAACACAUAUAUAACUUGUGGGGAGGAUAAAACGCGAUGAGUGCGUGUGUGUUUUUCAAUUUAAAUUGAUAAACGGAGCAUAUUUAUUAAUGUUGUACAUUGUGUACAUACUACUUGCACUAUUUUAUUACACUUCUAAUUAUGUAUUAUAUUUUAUAUUCAUGUUGUUCAAAUGUUUCUGAAAAAUCUGAACAGGUUUGAUGUCGGUGGCUUAAAGUUUUCAGUUAAAAGACGUUGACAUCAUUGCUAAUUUCCUUGUUUGAUUCAGCGGAAACUUCAGAAGCACUGUCCUGAUGUUUGUGCUCUUGCAUUUCUUGUUCUUUUAAAUAAUAUUUUUUAAUAUACUCUAUUUUUGUAUAGUGUGCUCUGUCAUGCUUUUCCUAUUAGUCUACUUGCUGAUGUGGAAAAUGUAACCUCUUUCCAGCUGGUAAUGUAUUCAUCCAAAGCUUCUCGGUUCCAUACUGUCCCCUCGUUGUUAUUACAUCAGAAAAGUAUUAUUUGUAGAGCACUGUUUCUGUACCAACUAGGUUUAUAAUUAAUCUGCAGUGUUUUUGUAUUAUGUAACUCAAAGACAUGAUCUUUUUCACUGUUUGGUAAAUGAUCAUUGGUAUGCAAAAUAACGUCUUUAGCCAAUAUAGUCAACCCUUUCUUCCAAUGCCAAUAAUGUAUGAACUGUCAGAAAUUUACAAGCGUUGUAUUACGAUGGUGAAAAUAAAUUUUAAAUUCCACUAAA